AAGUCCAUCCAAAAUAAAUUGGUGAGUCAGACACGCAGAAAUCGAGAGGCCACAGCACUGACAACAACAGGAGGAAAAACAUAAAGAGAGAGGAAGAUAAAAAGUGGGAUAUGGAGACGACGUCAUCACUAAUAAAGUCUGUGACCAGGCGGGUGUGGUCGUCGGCCCCUGCACAUCAGAGACCAUUCAGGGUGUGUUCCCAUGACAGGGGCACCAGGAAGGGAAUCACAGCAGGAACCCUGGAGGAGCUGAGAGAGAGGGUGUGCCAGGCCAAGAUGCUGUGUUUGUCCAGUCUGGCUGUGGUGCUGGUGUGUGAGGAGGAUGGGACAGUGGUGGACUCUGAAGACUUACUGAUGUCUUUGCCAGACAACACAGUCCUCAUGGCCCUGGAACCUGGACAGACAUGGAAAACUCCUCCGGGUACAACGCUCUCUAAAGCCGAAGACCCCACCCAGCCGCGGACAGGAAAGGAUAUAGCCCGCGUGACCUUUGACCUGUACCGGCAGAACCCCAAGGAUGUGUUUGGCUCCCUGAACGUAAAGGGCACCUUCUCAGGCCGGUACUCCGUCAGCGCCGACUUCAAAUGUCUGGGGCCCAAGAAAGUCCUCAGAGAGGCCCUCCGCGUGGCCUCCACUCUCCUCCAGGCAGCAGGUCACAUGUUGAUCACCUCAGCUAAUCUGAUCAAGCGGCUCAUCGAGGGAGCAGAGUUCUGGCAGCCCCAGAGGGCGGAGGUUGCAGAGUACUGAAACUGAGACAGUUGAGGCUGUAAUUAAGGCUUUUGAGGCUAGAAUUGAGUAUGUACAGGUCCAAUCUUAACACGAGCUCAAGUUAGGACAUGGCCCUAUAAAGUAUUGCUCUAGGAUCAAUGAAGAAGAGAAGAGAUCCGAUGUUUAUUAAAGCUGAACACAACAACCACACUUGUAGUAAUACCAAUUGCUGCAGCGCAACAUUCCUAUUUGUCUGUUGAAUUUUAAAUACUGUAAAUACUAAUAAAUACUGUUCUAAUCACUG